AUGAGAUACUCCAUAGUCAUCACCUGCAUGGCCACCGCGGUUCAAGCAUCCAACUUCUGGCGUCUACCAUGCAAAAGCCGCACCGCCGCUGCUCGCAUGGACCCGAUCAUGGCCCCAGGCGAGCCCAACAGUCACCUACACACUAUUUUCGGCUCAGGAGGCUUCUCCUCAAACGUCACGCAAGACGACCUCCUCCACUCAGACUGCACCUCCUGCGCCGUCACCCAAGACCGCUCCGCCUACUGGACACCACCACUCAUGUUCCUGUACCCCAACGGCUCAAGCACAAUGGUGAACCAAGACGGCGGUAUGUUAGCCUACUACUUCGUGUACGGCAACAAUCCACAACCUUUCCCCCAGGGAUUCCGAAUGGUAGCUGGAGAUCAAUACCUACGCAACUUCACGGGUCCGGUCCCGGAUCUACCGACUUCUGAAUGGACGGCAAACGACAAGACGCAGUUUUCACUAGCGCAAAAGGCGCUAGGGUUUAAUUGUUUGCAUUACGAUCGUGGCAGCGAUGAGGAUUCGUUGUAUAGGCAUACGCUGCCCGACAAGCAGUUCCUGGAUGAGAAUUGUUCCGAUGGAUUAAGGCUGGAACUUAUGUUUCCUUCCUGCUGGAAUGGGGUUGAUGUCGAUACUCCCAAUCAUAAAUCGCAUAUGGCGUACCCAGAUCUCGUUAAAGACGGGAAAUGUCCAGAGGGGUUUGGGACGAGACUUGUUACUCUUUUCUUCGAGACCAAGUACGAUACCCAAAACUUUAAAGGGGUGGAUGGCCAAUUCGUGCUUGCCACUGGUGACCCGACGGGGUGCGGAUAUCAUGGCGAUUUCAUCCAGGGAUGGGAGUCCGAUUUCCUGAGGCAAGCUAUGGAUGAAUGCUCAAAUCCGUCCGGCGAGGUGGCGGAUUGCCAGCUAUUUACGCUGCAGAGUGAUCAGGAUGCAUCUGCGUGUCAGGCCCCGGUGCCGAAGGAAUUGGGCCAUGAGAAUCCAUUCUUUAAUGGGCAUGGACUGUUGGGUGAUGUGCCGAUUCAAGAAGGUCCAGAACGGGCUGCGCCUUAUGGAGCUCAGUCGUCGAUGUUGAUGGAUCAUUUACCUGUGUCGUUGCCAGUGCCGGUGCCAGUGCCUAGUAUCGGGGUUGUGGGCGAGGUUGCUCGUGUUGUUGACAAUCUAGUACCAACCGCUACCCCUACGCAUUCGCAUUCGCUGUCGCCGUCGCCGUCGCCUAGGCGUGUUGAAUCAGUCGCGAAAAAGUGUAGCACGGACAAGGUCACUGUAUAUGAAACGGCCAUCGUCCACGUCCCCAUGGCCACGCAUUCACCUGCCUCCGCCAGCACUCCCACAUUGCGCAAGCAUGGCCACCGACAUCGUGAUCACGACCACAUAUAA